GCAUCGCUGUACUCGUUCGCCCUGAAAUGCCUCAUCAGCCUGUCCACGCUCAUCCUGCUGGGCCUCGUGGUCCUCUACCACGCCCGCGAGAUCCAGCUCUUCAUGGUGGACAACGGGGCCGACGACUGGCGCAUCGCCAUGACGUGCGAGCGCGUGCUCCUCAUCUCGCUGGAGCUGGCGGUGUGCGCCAUCCACCCGGUGCCCGGCCACUACCGCUUCACGUGGACGGCGCGGCUGGCCUUCACGUACGCGCCGUCGGUGGCCGAGGCCGACGUGGACGUGCUGCUGUCCAUCCCCAUGUUCCUGCGCCUCUACCUGCUCGGCCGCGUCAUGCUCCUGCACAGCCGCAUCUUCACCGACGCGUCGAGCCGCAGCAUCGGGGCCCUCAACAAGAUCACCUUCAACACGCGCUUCGUCAUGAAGACGCUCAUGACCAUCUGCCCGGGCACCGUGCUGCUGGUGUUCAGCAUCUCCUCCUGGGUCAUCGCCGCCUGGACCGUGCGCGUCUGCGAGAG